AAAGACCUUGGGGACACGGUGGACCUCCAUGUCGCUCAUGAGGAGACCACACCACCAUCGACACAGGCAGCCGACACACAUCAGGGCGAUGCUCUCAGCUCUGUGAUGUCUGAAUUGACACCAGCUGAUCGAGCCGCCGCUCCCCCAUCUCCUGCGUUAUCAACAGCAGAGGAAGCCUGUCCAGAGGAGAAGGCCAUGGUCAAGGUUGAAGACACUGAGGAGGAGGCGUCAGAGUCUUCUCCUGAUCAUGUGCUUUCUCCAGUGUCUGGUUCAGGCUCUGUCACCAGCUCUCUUACUGAAGGGAGUUCCUCUGUUGUUGAUGACUGGAGUGAGGUUGAGCCCCUCAGCAUGGAACCAGUGCUGUCUCUGCCGUGGAUCGGUGAGGUGGUCCCCAGAGAUGAAAUGAAGCCACCGGCCACCGUGAAAGAAGGUUUUCCAGAAUGGAAAGACCUCUGGUACACGGUGGACUUCAGUGCAUCUCGUAAGGAGACCACCACACCACCAUCCACAAGUGCAGGCGGCCCACAUCAGGAGAACAUCAAGGACCCAAAGACUAAAGAUCUCAAGGCGAGGGCGGAGAUUUUAGUCUUUGAUGUGGUCCGUUUCUCCGGAUGUGGUUAUGUUUCUGCAGAAUUCCGAUUUAAGGUAGGGCGAACAUUGGUGGACUUUGCCCUGACCUCUGAGGAGGCAUGUAGUCUCGUGAGGAAGACUUUGGACCGGGAGAUGCUCCGCCUGCGUAGAGAAGAGAGUUCGCCCCAGAAAUUGAUUCACCUUUACAGGUUCAUAAAGAGGUAUCCCAUGAUUUUUGUAGGCAUGAAGUGCCAACUUUCUUCAUGGGUCCUUGAGGAUCUUUAUGAUUCAGACCUCUCUUCGGAGGAUGAAUCUGAUGAGGUUGUACCUGCUGCUGCCCCUGCUCCUGCUGACCCUCCAGCAGUGAUCCUUCCCUCUCCACCUCCUGCACCUGCUCCUGCUGACCCUCCAGCAGUGAUCCUUCCCUCUCCUCCUCCUGCACCUGCUCCUGCUGACCCUCCAGCAGUGGUCCUUCCCUCUCCUCCUCCUGCACCUGCUCCUGCUGACCCUCCAGCAGUGAUCCUUCCCUCUCCUCCUCCUGCACCUGCACCUGCUCCUGCUGACCCUCCAGCAGUGAUCCUUCCCUCGCCACCUCCUGCACCUGCUCCUGCUGACCCUCCAGCAGUGGUCCUUCCCUCUCCUCCUCCUGCACCUGCUCCUGCUGACCCUCCAGCAGUGAUCCUUCCCUCGCCACCUCCUGCACCUGCUCCUGCUGACCCUCCAGCAGGGGUUCUACCCUCCUCUAGUGUGUCUCAAUCUUCACCUCCGGAUGGGUCGACUGCUCCAGUUGAGACGCCUCAGCCCCAGACGCCUCCAUCCUCUCAGCAAAAUAAAGCUGACGAGGUGGAGAACAUGGAGGUGGAGACUAGUUUACCAUCUCCACCUUCAUCUCCAGAUGGGUCAACCCCUCCGGUUGCGCCGCCUCAGCUACAGACGCCUCCUCAGCCCCAGACGCCUCCAUCCUCUCAGCAGCAUAACGCAGACGAGGUGGAGGACAUGGAGGUGGAGACAAGUUUAAUAUCUCCAUCUUCACCUCCGGAUGGGUCGACUGCUCCAGUUGAGACGCCUCAGCCCCAGACGCCUCCAUCCUCUCAGCUAAAUAAAGCUGACGAGGUGGAGCACAUGGAGGUGGAGACUAGUUAUUCAUCUCCACCUUCAUCUCCAGAUGGGUCAACCCCUCCGGUUGCGCCGCCUCAGCUACAGACGCCUCCAUCCUCUCAGCAGCAUAACGCAGACGAGGUGGAGGACAUGGAGGUGGAGACAAGUUUAAUAUCUCCACCUCCACCUCGAGAUGGCUCAACCGCUCCGGUUGCGCCUCCCCAGCCCCAGACGCCUCCAUCCUCUCAGCAAACUGGUGCAGACAAGGCGGAGGACAUGGAGGUGGAGACUAGUUUACCAUCUCCACCUUCACCUCCAGAUGGCUCAACCGCUCCAGUUGCGCCUCCUCAGCCCCAGCCGUCUUCAUCCUAUCAGCAAAGUAAUGAGAUGGAGCUGACAUCAAUAAUGGCCAGACUCUCUCUCACGGAAACUGAUAUUAAAGCUCAACCUUCACCUCCGUUUGGGUCAACCGCUCUGGUUGCGUCUCCGCAGACGCCUCCUCAGCCCCAAAUGCCUCCUCAGCCCCAAACGCCUCCUCAGCCCCAAACGCCUCCUCAGCCCCAGCCAUCUUCAUCCUCUCAGCAAAGUAAUGAGAUGGAGCUGACGUCAAUAAUGGCCAGACUCUCUCUCACAGAAACUGAUAUUAAAGCUCAACAUUCAUCUCCUCACGGGCUGUUGGCUGAUGUCACGCCACCUCAGGCCAUACUUUCACCUCCUCAGAGACAAGCGCCUCCUCCCGCCUCACCUCCACAGUGUCGCGCUUUUAAGCGUCCGCCUCCUCCGUCACAGGAUGAGAUGAAGCCGACGCCAAAGACGGACAGUCGGAAUAGGCUGUCGGCUGAGGUCACGCCGCCUCCGGCCCAGACACCAUCGUCCGCUCAGCAAAAUAAAGCAGACACUGCCGUGGCCGACUGUUCUUCAGUUUCUCAACCUUCAACUAAUAACAGUCGGCCAAUCCGGCAAGUGUCUCCUCCCGCCUCUCCUACAAAGCGUCGUGCUGUCAAGCGUCCGGCGUCUUCACAGGAUGAUCCGGAUGAGAUGGAGCCGACGCCGAAGAGAAAGAGGCUAAAUGGGCUGGCGGCUGAGGUCACGCCUCCUCCGGCCCAGACGCCAUCAUCCUCUCAGCAAAAUAAAGCAGACGCUGGGGAGGUCGACUGCUCUUCUGUGCCUCAACCUUCACCUCUUCAGAGACAUAUACCUCCUCCCGCCUCUCGUCGCCGUCUUUGGCGUCCGGCUCCGUCUUCACAGGAUGAGAUGGAGCCGACGCCAAAGAGGGCCAAACUUAACAGGCUGUCGGCUGGUGUCACGCCUUCUCCGGCCCAGACGCCAUCAUCCGCUCAGCAAAAUAAAGCAGACACUGCCGUGGCCGACUGUUCUUCAGUUUCUCAACCUUCAACUAAUAACAGUCGGCCAAUCCGGCAAGUGUCUCCUCCCGCCUCUCCUACAAAGCGUCGUGCUCCUAAGCGUCCGGCGUCUUCACAGGAUGAUCCGGAUGAGAUGGAGCCGACGCCAAAGAGGCCCAGGCUGUCCAAUACCGAUAUUAAAGCUCAACAUUCAUCUCCUCACGGGCUGUUGACUGAUGUCACGCCACCUCAGGCCCAACUUUCACCUCCUCACAGACAAGCGCCUCCUCCCGCCUCUCCUGCUCAGCGUCGUGCUGUCAAGCGUCCGGCGUCUUCACAGGAUGAUCCGGAUGAGAUGGAGCCGACGCCGAAGAGAAAGAGGCUAAAUGGGCUGGCGGCUGAGGUCACGCCUCCUCCGGCCCAGACGCCAUCAUCCUCUCAGCAAAAUAAAGCAGACGCUGGGGAGGUCGACUGCUCUUCUGUGCCUCAACCUUCACCUCUUCAGAGACAUAUGCCUCCUCCCGCCUCUCGUCGCCGUCUUUGGCGUCCGGCUCCAUCUUCACAGGAUGAGAUGGAGCCGACGCCAAAGAGGGCCAAACUUAACAGGCUGUCGGCUGGUGUCACGCCUUCUCCGGCCCAGACGCCAUCAUCCGCUCAGCAAAAUAAAGCAGACACUGCCGUGGCCGACUGUUCUUCAGUUUCUCAACCUUCAACUAAUAACAGUCGGCCAAUCCGGCAAGUGUAUCCUCCCGCCUCUUUUCCUAAACGUCGUGCUGUUAAGCGUCCCGCUCCAUCCACUUCACAGGAAGCAUCUGAAGGCAUGGUAUCAGACGCCAAGAGACCCAGACUUCAUGGGUUACUUUAAAAAAAAAAAGAGAAGAAGAAGAAGAGACCCAACUUCACCUCCUCAAACCCCGAGCAGAAAAUAAAUAAAAAUAUUUUGAUAUUAAACAGA